AAUCAGCUCAGAUCUACCUUUACAUGAUCAAUCAGACCUUUAAUCAGUAACAACUGUAAUCAAUAACAUCUUUAAUUAAUGAUAUUUAUAAUCAUUGACUAGUGAUGAGACUGGGAGCACCAUUUUUCUGAAUCCAAGGUGCGAAGGAGAGUAUACUCCUUCACACCUUGCUGCCUUAUUAUUAGUUAUUGAUUGUCACAUGACCAGGACUUGGUUACUUCUUGAAAGCACCCAAAACACAAAGUUUUACAGCCCUGCCCCCCGAGGAUCAGUUUCUGGGUCUCUGGGUGGUCUCCAAACAGUUGGACAUGUUAUCAGGUGACAGCAGCGGCUUGUCUGCAGGAGGAGCUGCUUAUCAGGCAUGCUCAGACAGGAGGGUGCUCUGAGGCCGCCGCUGUCUGGAACACUCCAGGAAUCAGUCGAGUGUCAUCUGCGGCUCGUGUUUGGCUGGUGAAUUUCUGCACAAACAGGUGAAAGAAGACUUUAUACCAGGGAAUAAAAUAACAGGCCUGGGGACCAGAAGAGGCCCUCUGAAAGGCCGGUCUGUUCCUGUGGCGUGACGGAGUAAAAGUUCGCAGAUGCCCACAUAACUGCCCACAGGGGUAUCAGAGCAGCUACUGAGUGCUAAAGUGAUUUCUGAAGCUCUUUCAGGGGCACUCAGGUGUGAGGAGACGGUAGCAUAAAGAGUCCCUGACAGCAGGAAAUGCUGGAAUGACAAAGAAUAAGAAGAAAUGUUGUCUCUGAGCACCUCAUAGCAUUUCCAGCCUGCACGGACUAAAGAUUAUAGAUGGCCAUCACUGCCGGUCUGAGUCCUGACUCAGCUCAAAGACACAGACAGAGACUUUCUGCGGGCAACCAUCAGGAUGUUUUGACUUUUCCAUCUUCUCAGUCGAGUUCUGUUCAUCACCAUCUGUCAGAACCUCUGUCACCCACUGGUUCUGCCACACCACCUGCAGCCAUGGACAGCACUCCAAAGAAUUGGGUUUUAAAGCCUCUGUCCCCCACGCUCCAACCAUCAGACCUACGCACCAUUGCUGUACCAGCCCCAGGUCCAAAUGACCUGGACACCGCCUUUAGGAGCAUCUCAGUUUCACACAGUCAGCCUUGCGUAGUCGUCUCCUCCCAGCAGGGCGACGAGUCUCAGGAUGUUGUGGUUCAGGCCCGGCAGAUUGCUGUGUCGCCUGAUGGGGGAAACUCCAGUGACGAGUGGCAACCCAGCAGUCCCAGCAGUCCUGGCAGCAGCUCAGGCUCUCAUUGUGGGUUUUACUCCUUUGUGGAAGAUCCAGGAAGCCCCAAGGCUGAGCAUAAUGAAGCUUGGAUGGUCUCACCCCAGCGCCAGGCUAUGCUGGCCACCCUGAAGCAAGAGAAGGGCUUCAAACUACAGACCUACACAAGCAGCAAGAAACCCGAGAGUCUAUUCUCAGAGGGCAACGGAGACCUGCAGUACAAAGUUGAUGCAAACAAUGGAAUCAGAGUGGUUGGUGAGGAAGAGGAGAAGGAGCUUCGCAAAGAGAUCAUUCGUACCCAAGCUCCAAAGAAGAGUGCUGGGUUUCAGGACCAGCUGAGCUCCCAGGAGGACCUGAGCCAGUCUACAAACAAACUGAUAGAAGGUUUCAGUUUAAGCUACAAGCCAGUCAGUUCCAGACCAGAACCCCCUCGUCCUGCUGAGCCCGGAACCAUCGACAAGGAGCAGAUCAACUUCAACACAAUCCGACAACAGUUUCUGAAGUUGGAGCAGGACCAGCUGAAGGCUCCGUCCAGUCCUCUGAAGUCCCCAAGAACACACCUGAAGUCAUAUUUGUGGCCAGAUCUUGAUGUAACCACACCAAAGAAGGUGGAGACAAGUAACAACGCAGCACAGUUUAAAGCACCUGAAGAAGAUGAAGCAUAUCGACAGAAGAAGGUGACGGUGUUCCAGACUGAGGAAUGUUUGAGCAGGCAAAGCAGCGUGUUUGAUGACCUGGACUCUGGACUGGAGGAGCUAUCAGGAGAGGUGGGUGGUGGCUACGUCAGCGAUGAUGGGGUGUUCAACGAUAACGUACAGCAGCUGAACAGACCCAUCAAGUCCACUAGUGCUUGUGAGACCCCAAUUGAACGGGAGAUUCGGUUAAUCCAGGAACGUGAGGAGAACCUGCGCCGCUCUCGAGGCCUGAAGCUUAGUGACAGUUGGGGACAGAUGGUUGAGAUCAAAACCAAACGCUUACAACCACGACCAGCACCGAUCAAAAUGAAAGAGAAGACUCGAGUGAGCUUCAUUGUCCAGGGAGAGGUCAAAAACGAGAACCAGAAUAAGCUUAAUCCUUCUCAGAAUAUCGAAGAGACUAGAAGUCAGUCGGAGCCACGAAACAAGGACAGGUGGACAGAGGAGAGCAGCCAGCCUGAGUCUGAAACAAGUGAAGUCUUUCCAUCUCCUUGCUGUCCUCAUCGACACCCUGAAGAACAAAAACAAAUGAGCCCGAUUCCCUCUUCCUUGAUCGAGAUAGACUCUGGGGUCCAGGACAGAAGACGUCUUGACCAGGAUCAAGUGUUUUCCUUUUCCUCUACUGCCUCCCUAGCAUUGACACCUCAAAAGGAAACAGCCCUUCAGUCCUGGAGGGAGAGCCUGAAGUCCACUGGCCUGCAGUGUAGAGGAAAAGGAGCCCCAGACUUCAUUGAGAAGGAAAUUGAGGAGGCUCUGAGAAGGGAGCAGGAGCUGAGGGAGUCCAGGGAGGAAGCCAAACAGCAGCUGUUCUCUCCAGCUCCUCUGGUGGAACAAGCGACCCAGAAGGCUGUCAGUCAGUUCUACCCGCCGAUAAAAACAGAGAAACCAGCCAGCGUGUCUUCUCCUCGCCCCUCCCUCCGUCUGCCCUCCGUCUCCUUCAUCACGGCUCGGCCCUGGACCUCCUCCUCUCCCUCUCCCUCCUCCCCCUCCCUAGCAGUGCGAGGUCUGACGGAGACUCUGCUGCAGAACUUUGAGGAGUAUCGAGCCAAACUGAAGCUGGAGGAGAGUGCAUACGCAGGGAUCCAGCCAGUUGAUGAGAUCAACAACGAGGUUGUGGAGUCGACUCGAGUCAAUCGACAUAAGAACCAGGGAGCUCUGCUCUGGGAGGCCAGACAAUUUGCCAACCAGGAGAACCAGUGAGUGUGCCUGACUCCAAAACAGGACUCGACCUCAAGCAGCAGGGCAGGAGAUCCUGAAAUAUGGGACUGAGUUUCUCUCCUCAAGCUGGGAUGCAGUGGUUUCUAAAGACGCUCCAACAGAAAUGGCUGUUGCUGAUUGUUCCUUGAAGAUGACAGCAGUUCCCCUUGUCUAAUCAGCAGUCCGUUGGUUAGAGCCUAAAACAGAGACAACGUGUCUGAUUCAUAUAGAGAAAAAAAGAUAGUUCCAGUGUUUAUCUGGAGACUUUUAAUCUGACACAGCAGCACGGGAAGUUUCUGAUUGUUUUCAUGAUGCAUCAAAAAUAAAAAAUGAUUUUUAGUCUUCAGACACUCAGAUGGUUCACUGCAAGACACAAACAUCUGCUGACAGCUGCAGCAUUAUAGCAGAAUCCCAGCGACAGGAAGCUCAGUUUUACCUGCUUUCUGAAAAACAUCUGAACAGAGGGUUCUAACUUUCUCCAAAAGAUCCAGAAACGGGAAGUGUAGCCAAACAGAGCACCCCAAACCCAUCUCUGAAACAAAUGUUUACAAUGUGUUUUUAGCAGCAUUACCAGAAAACCUUCCACACAAAAUUAAACAGUGAUUCUCAUUGCUUUAACCCCCUAA